ACUCUCAGCGCCGAGUCCAUCGCACUACCCUUGACGACCUUGAGAAACGCGCUCGAGUUUUCAUCUCUUCAGUCAAUACCUUUUCGCUUCGCCGGUACAAUAUGGCCAAGAUUCGAUGGGCGACGCAGCGACAUCCCAACGGCAGACCCAAAGAUAAUGAGGAUAAGAACAGGAAUGGCGGACUUACAAAGCGCUUGUCUGUGCUCAGCCGUCUGAGCCGUAGCUCUGGAUCCUCCAGCCAACACCAAACUGCGGAUAUUGAGGGUACAGGUGCGAAUUUUGGCGGGCUGAACCAGGAGGCGGUUCAGGCCCCCGAGGAGGAUCAGGAGCCGGAACGGGAAGCGUCGAGAAGGAUAUACUUCAACCGCCCGCUACCUCAGGAUUUGUUGGAUGAAGACGGUCAUCCGAUAGCAUCAUAUCCGCGAAACAAGAUCAGAACCGCAAAGUACACUCCUUUAUCUUUCAUCCCAAAGAACUUAUGGUAUCAGUUUCACAAUAUUGCAAACAUAUACUUCUUGGUUUUGGUUAUUUUGCAGAUUUUCUCCAUCUUCGGUACUACCAACCCUGGUUUGGGUGCCGUUCCUUUGAUUGUCAUCGUUGCAAUUACUGCCGUCAAAGACGCUAUUGAGGAUUGGCGUCGUACGGUGCUUGAUAAUGAGCUCAACAACACUCGGACUUAUACGCUCCAUGCGUGGCAUAAUGUCAAUGUCACCGACGAGCAUAUCGGCUUGUGGCGCAGGAUCAAGAAAGGUACCUCAAGGCUUAUUCGUGCUAUGCACAAUAAGAGGAAGGGUGUGUCUGACCCUUAUGAGCUCGACCGUGUUGGGACUGGAGUUUCGCGGCCUUCAGGUGAUUACCGUCGUAGCCAUGACAUCCGUCCUUCAUCCGACGGUUUGCCUCCCCAGUCUCCUUUCGCGGAUCACAACGGUUACACAAACCCCAACGGAUACUUGGAGGCAAAGACCGAAGGCAACGGUCACAUACGCAGGGAUUUUGGAUCUAUUGUCGAUCCGUACAAGCAGGUUCCGGGAAAAGCAAAGUUUAAGAAUACUCAGUGGAAAAAUGUUCGCGUGGGAGAUAUUGUUCGUCUCCGCGAUGAUGACCCUGUUCCAGCUGAUGUCGUUAUCCUUGCUACCUCCGAGGAAGACGGCGCUUGUUACGUCGAAACCAAGAAUCUGGAUGGUGAGACAAACUUGAAGAUCCGUCAUGGUCUCCGUGCUGGUACUUCGAUCAGGACCGCUGCACAAUGCGAGGCUGCAGAUUUUUGGAUUGAAUGCGAGGCUCCUCAUGCCAACCUCUACUCCUUCAGUGGUGUGGCGAGGUGGAUUGCGCGUGACCCUGACAGUCAGGAUCCCGACGCUGGCGAGGAGAUGGCCGAGCCUAUUUCCAUUGACUCUAUGCUUCUGCGUGGUUGUAACUUGAGGAACACUGACUGGAUCAUCGGUGUGGUUGUCUUCACUGGAGACGAGACCAGGAUCAUGAUGAAUGCUGGUGUCACUCCCAGUAAGCGCUCUCGCCUUGCGAGGGAGUUGAACUGGAACGUCAUCGCAAACUUCCUUAUUCUUUUCGUCAUGUGUUUGGUUGCAGGUAUCAUCAAUGGUGUCACCUACCGUGACAGGGCAGAGUCAUCCGACUACUUCGAAUACGGCUCCAUCGCCGGUUCGCCUGCCAAGAACGGUAUCGUUACCUUCUGGACAUGUAUCAUCUUGUUUCAGAACUUGGUUCCCAUCUCUCUUUACAUCUCCAUCGAAAUUAUCAAGACGGCGCAGGCAUACUUUAUCUACAGUGAUAUCGACAUGUACUACGAGAAGCUUGAUUACCCUUGUACACCUAAGUCCUGGAACAUCUCCGAUGAUCUGGGUCAGAUUGAGUACAUCUUCUCAGACAAGACUGGUACACUUACGCAGAACGUCAUGGAGUUCAAGAAGUGUACCAUCAACGGUGUUCCGUACGGCGAGGCUUACACAGAGGCAAUGGCUGGUAUGCAAAAGCGUCAGGGAAUCAAUGUUGAAGAAGAGUCUGCCAAGGCUACUGCUCGCAUCGCGGUCGAUCGUACUGUCAUGUUGAAGGAUCUGCGACUCCUGUCGGAUAACCCAUAUCUUGAUGAGGACAAGCUUACUUUCGUCUCGUCACACUUUGCCAAGGACAUGCAAGGUGCUUCUGGUGCUACCCAAGCCAAGGCCUGUUAUGACUUCUUUCUUGCUCUGAGUUUAUGUCACUCGGUCCUUCCGAGCAAGCUAUCAGAUGACCCUCCGCGAUUCGACUUCAAGGCGCAGUCUCCUGACGAGGCUGCUCUCGUUGCUGCAGCCCGUGACGUCGGUUUCACUGUCGUGGAGAGGACACAGACCGGUAUCAUCGUUGACGUGCAGGGUGAGAAGGAGAGCUUCGAGAUGCUUACCAUGCUCGAGUUCAACUCCCAAAGGAAGAGAAUGAGUGCUAUCUACCGCAUGCCAGACGGCCGCAUCAUGCUUUUCUGCAAGGGUGCCGACAGUAUCAUCUAUUCGCGUCUCGCUGCCAACCAGCAGGGUGACUUGCGCGCGAAGACUCUUACGGAUCUCGAGGCGUUUGCAAAUGAAGGUCUGAGAACUCUUUGUAUCGCACAGCGCGAGCUUUCACCCGAGUAUUACGAGAAGUGGGCUAAGCAAUACGAAAUCGCUGCUGCUUCUUUGUAUGACAGAGAAGAGAAGAUCGAGGAAUGCUCUGACGAGAUUGAGCAUGACCUUGUCCUUCUUGGUGGUACUGCCAUUGAGGACCGUCUUCAGGAUGGUGUGCCCGAGGCCAUUGCGAUGUUGGCUGAAGGUGGUAUCAAGCUCUGGGUUUUGACGGGUGACAAGGUUGAAACUGCUAUCAACAUCGGUUUCUCGUGUAACCUUCUCGGCAACGACAUGAAGCUUAUCGUGUUCAAGGCUCCCGAGGGAGAUGAUGUUGAAAAGGCAGAGACGCAGUUGCAUGAACACCUUCAGUCGAACUUUGGUCUCUCCGGCUCAGACGAGGAAUUGGCAGCUGCUCGGCUUGAUCACAACCCCCCGGCUGCUACUCAUGCCCUCGUUAUCGACGGAGAUGGUCUCAAGCUCGUACUUGAAGAGCCAUUGAAGAGCAAGUUCUUGCUUCUCUGCAAGCAAUGUAAGGCCGUUCUGUGUUGUCGUGUUAGUCCUUCUCAGAAGGCAUUGGUCGUGAACAUGGUUAAGGUUGGCUUGAAUGUCAUGACUCUCUCUAUCGGUGAUGGUGCGAACGACGUUGCUAUGAUCCAGGAAGCCGACGUUGGUGUCGGUAUUGCUGGUGAAGAAGGUCGCCAGGCUGUUAUGUCAGCUGAUUAUGCUAUCGGCCAGUUCCGUUUCUUGAGUAAGCUUGUCUUGGUGCACGGCCGUUGGUCAUACCGUCGUAUCGCCGAAAUGAUUGCGAACUUCUUCUACAAGAACAUUGUCUGGACGUUCACGCUCUUUUGGUACCAGAUUUUCAACAACUUCGACGGUUCCUACCUGUUCGACUACACCUACAUUCUUCUGUACAACCUUGCGUUCACUUCUCUGCCCGUCAUCUUCAUGGGUAUCUUUGACAAGGAUGUCAGUGCGAAAACCUCAAUGCAUGUUCCUCAACUCUACAGGCGGGGCAUCCUGCGUUUGGAAUGGUCUUCUAGGAAGUUUUGGCUGUACAUGAUUGAUGGACUCUAUCAAUCAGUCAUUUUGUUCUUUUUUGCGUAUUUGUUGUUUUACACCGGCAGAUCUGUCACGUUCAACGGCAACGACCUGGGUGGGCGCAUUGAUAUUGGUGUUUACGUUGCCGGACCUGCAAUCUUCGUGGCAGAUACUUACGUCAUGCUCAACUCCUACAACUGGGACUGGCUAUACGUUCUCAUUUGGCUCUUCAGUGUUCUCCUCUUCUGGACGUGGACAGGUAUUUACUCCCAGUUCGAGUACAACCUCUGGUUCUACAAGAUUGCGGCACACGUUUUCGGCAACCUCGUCUGGUGGCUUUUGUUCCUGUUGGUCGUUGUAGUGUGCUUGCUGCCUCGUUUCACCUUGAACUCUUUCGAAGCCAUCUUCACGCCAACUGACGUCGACAUUAUCCGCGAAAAAGAACAUUAUGGCGAGUUCAAGCAUUUGGAAGACACCGACGAUGCGGCCAUGCGUGCUGUGCAGGAGCAUGAGAUUGGAGUUGCUACGCAACAGUCAGGACUCGCUUCCGCCGGUGGAUCGAUGCAAUCAAUCCACAAAUCAAAUUUCAGCCCAAGGUACGAUCGCGAGGAUGAGCAUCCCAUCGUGCAGGAGUCUGAUCAGUCCGCUUGGCAGAAACGAAACAGUGCUUGUGGAAAGAAUUCAUACUUAAUCAGGCGUUUGGAUUAGUGAUAAUUGCAUUUUCAAAAGAUCUUCUAUACUUCAAAUGGUUCUUUGGUAUUUUAAAUGGAUAAAAC